AUGGACCAAAUAAAGCGCAUAUUGUCACGGCCAAAUGCGAAGCCAUACCGCACGAAACAUAUCGUCGAUGAAAAACCGUACAUAAAUGAAAACGGGCAUCUGGACUUUGGGCCAGGCGAUAUCGAGAAUCCAAAGAAUUGGUCGACGGCCAGACGAUGGUAUAUUACUGUGGUAUCGGUUUUGCUCGUGGUUAAUGCGGCAUUUGCAUCGUCCAGUCCAUCGGGAUGUCUGCCAGGAAUUGAGGCAGAAUUCGACGUUUCUGCAGAAGUGUCAGCGUUGGUCAUUUCGCUUUUCCUUUUAGGAUACUGCUUUGGACCAUUAUUCUGGGCUCCAUUGUCCGAGUUCUUUGGUCGAAAAUGGAUCUUUUAUAUCUCGUUUACCUUGUACCUGGUCUUUAACUUUCUGUGCGCCUUCGCCAAUAAUUUCGCCGCUCUCUGUAUAGGUCGAUUCAUAACGGGUACAAUGGCCAGUUCAUCACUUUCGAAUGCCCCAGGAGUUCUCGCCGAUAUUUGGGGUCCCGUGGAGAGAGGAAAUGCUUUGGCGUUGUUCUCGAUGAUGACUUUUGCAGGUCCGGCAUUGGGUCCUGUCAUUUCAGGAUUUCUAGAAUUGAAGGAGGACUGGCGGUGGAAUUUUUAUGUCUUAUUAUGGCUCGCUGGUUUUACCGAAAUUUUGAUGUUCACCAUCCCAGAGACUUUACCUUCAAAGUUGCUAGUAAUUAAAGCCAGGAGGAUAAGAGCGUUGAAGAUCCCAGGUUACGAAAACGUCAAGGCGCCCAUCGAAGAUAGCGAUCGUACCCUAUGGCAAAUUUUCAAGAUCGCACUCGUCAGACCAUGGAAACUCCUCAUUGAUCCGAUAUCGUUCGCCGUUGCGGUUUACUUAUCUGUCGUAUAUGCCUUGCUGUAUAUGCUGUUCACUAUCUACCCCAUCAUCUUUCAAGAGAAGCGUGGCUGGAAUUCCGGCGUGGGAGAACUACCUUUGAUUGGUACAGUCAUUGGAGCUGUCAUAGGUGGUACCGCCAUCUUCAUAGUGUCCCGUAAUGAUAGAAAGAAGUUAGAGGCUGGCCAUAUUGGCGUGGCUGAGGAUCGUCUACCUGUUGCGAUGGCUGGCGGUAUCAUUUUCCCUAUCACCAUGUUUUGGUUUGCGUGGAGUGGAAAUUACGACAGUGUGCAUUGGAUAGUCCCCACCAUUGCAGGUGUAUUUUUAUCCACAUCUAUUCUUCUAAUUUUCGUCGCUUACCUCAACUACCUGACCGAUACAUACUUGAUGUAUGCCGCUAGUGCUGUUGCUGCAAACACUGUUUGUAGAUCAGCUGCCGGCGCCGCAGCGCCAUUAUUCACGACAUAUAUGUUCGACGCUCUCGGCGUUGGGGGAGGUGGCUCACUAAUUGGUGGAAUUGCAAUCCUCCUCGCCCCAAUUCCCUUCUUGUUCUAUAAAUACGGCGGAGCCAUCCGAGAACGAUCCAAGUUCGCACCAACGCCCGCGAAGAAACCUCCAAAUGGACAGGACGCGGGUAAUGAAAAGGCUGUCGAGACAACCGAAACUUCACCAGACCGAACGACUGAAGAUAGGAGCAGCACUGAAUCCGGCUCAACGUCAGCAUCAAGUAUAGCGAGUAUGCCUAUUGCUCCACGCGAAGAUACUUACGUUCAGGAGGGAUACAUUGAGGAGGGGAUGGGGUUUGAACGAGUGGCAUUGCCCAGUGAUGCGAGAGUACAUGAUGCUAGACAGCUGGCGAGUGAAAAGUGA